AUGGCCAAUGGCUGCAAGUACGAUCAUCUUGCGGUCGACUACCUGCCGCCGCACUGCAUUGAUGACGAGGUUGUUGACCAGUUCAUCCAUGCCGGGCCCGGACCAGACGGGCUAUGGGACUACUACUAUGACGUCGAGGAUGCCUACUACGGCCGCAACGCAUUCUACGACCUAGAGACCGUGGAGGCGCUCGCCCGCAACGGCACCAAGUACUACUGCUCGCCAGAAUGGCACGCCGGCCACUGCCUGUACCUGUGGUGGAAGAUCGAGCGUGGGGUCGUGCAGAUGGAGUGGUUCGACUCGACGCACGGCUCACACUGCAUGGGAUUUGUGAUGCAGAGCUGGCGGCAGAUCGUGCAGGGCGACAAGCCUCUCCCAACUUGCAUCGCCGGCCAGUACCGGCAUCAGCGAGAUCCUGACACGGGCCUCAUGGUCCGGCCGGACGGAGAUAACGACCAGUGCAUGGAGCUUUGGAGGCCUGGGCUGCCACAUAACGGGGACAAGAAAUAG